AUGGCAAAUGUUUCACCUUCAACGAAAAAUCCUAUGGGAAAGCCAGUUUCAUCAGGUCAAUGCAUCAUGAUUGUAAAUUCAUAUAAAAUGGAAUUAAGAAAAAAUCCUAAUAUAACUGUUCGAGAAGCUCGGAUUUAUAUAUCGAAACAACUUGGCAUCGGACAACGAACAGUUUCAAAUGUCAUCAGCGAAUAUAAUACUAACAAAACUGUCACCUCUCCGUGCAAAACUCGCAUAAGAACAUCAUUCAAAGAUAAGUUUGACGAUUUACAGAUGAACACAGCAUAUCCAAAAACAAAAUUUGGUUCUCAGUUAAGGUCAUUCAGUAGUGAAUACUUCAAUACAUAUAACUGGCUUGAAUAUAGUAUUAUGUGCGAUGCAGCAUUUUGUUAUGCUUGUCGGAUGUUUAGUAAUACAAAUAUGGAAGAUACUUGGGCAAAAAUAGGAUUUAAUAACUGGCAUAAACUUUCAGAAAGAUUGAAGAAACAUAAUUCAUCUAAAAGCCAUUUGACAAAUGUUUCAAAACUAGUUCUUAAUAUAUCAGCUAAAAAGUCUGGAAGUGUAGUAUCACAACUGUCUGCUGCACAUCAAGAAGAAGUUAAGCAAAAUCGAAACUAUAUAUGUCACAUUAUAGAUAUAGUUCUGUACCUUAGUAAACAAGGAAUGGCAUUUCGAGGCCACUCUGAAGAAACUAAUUCACUUAAUCAAGGUAAUUUCAAAGAGUUAGCUAAAUUGUAUGUAAAGUCAGUACCUGGAUUUCAAAAUAUUCAUAACCGGCAUGUUAAUUAUACCAGUUGGAAAAUUCAGGAUGAAAUUAUUCAAUUAUGUGCUAAUGAAAUUAAUGAAAUUAUUGUAAACGAGUUUUUCGCUCUAAUGUGUGAUGAAGCAAGAUGUCAUAAAGAAGAGCAAUUAUCUAUAUUUAUUAGAUACACGGUUGGAUUAAAUAUUCAUGAACGAUUUUUAGGAUUUGUAGAUGUAUCUAGUGGUCAAAAGUCAGACCAGAUUGUAAUAGCUAUAUUUGACUUUUUUAAAAAACAAAAAAAUAGUCUACAACAUAUAAAUAUUGUAGCACAGUCAUACGAUGGUGCCAGUGUAAUGUCUGGUCACUUAAAUGGUGUACAAACUAAAAUAAAAGAGCACCACCCAACUGCCAUUUACAUACAUUGUAUGGCACAUCGUUUAAAUUUAGUUGUUGUGGAUGUAUGUACUUCAAUUAAGGUAUAA